AUGUCGAAUCUUCACAGCGACAGUCAUGAUCCAGGGAAGGUUUUUCCUCGGGAUAUUGAGCGCAAGAUAAGCGAUGCCGAAGUCAGCAACACGACCCCGGACGCCUCGUUGAGAGAGAAGCACAGCGCCGCCCAUAUUCAAGGCAUCCACUCAAUCGAUGAUGACGACAAAGCAAAGCUGCGAUCUACUAUUGUGCGCAAGUUCGAUGUCCGCCUGGUGCCAGCAAUGUUUCUGGCCCACCUUCUGUUCUUCCUGGACAAGGGAAAUAUUGCUCUCGCCCGUAUCAAUGGCCUCGAAGAGGAUCUCAAACUCGAAGGCAACCAAUUCAACUCAUCGUUGGCGAUGUUCUUCAUCCUCAACAUUCUGUUCAAUAUCCCUGGAAACCUCGCUGUGCGUCGUGUUGGUGGCGCGGUCUGGCUACCAUCCCUGAUUGUCGCAUGGGGACUGGUCACAAUCUCUUCAGGCUUCAUACGCAACUUUGUCGGACUAUGCGUCACUCGCGUCUUCCUUGGUCUGACUGAGAGUUCUUUCCUUGGGGGUGUUCUGAUAUAUCUUGGCUUCUUCUAUACGGCUGACGAACUUAUCCUGCGCGUCGGACUAUUCUACUCCAGCACUGCCCUAGCAGGAUUUCUUGGAGGUCUUUUAGCUGGCGGACUUGGUGAGAUCAGAGUCGCAGACUACAAUGGAUGGCCUUGGAUCUUCUUCGUCGAAGGAUGUCUAACUGUCAUUCUUGGAACUGCCUUGUUCUUCUUCCUUCCACAUACACCGGCCGAGGCAAAGUUCUUGUCUCCCGUAGAGAGAAAGCUCGCUGUCCAUCGCAUGCAAGCUCAAGAUCGCUGGCACUUCCUGGAACCCCAGCAGUUAGACGGUCGUGAAUCUCAUGAGAAUGAUUCAGCUAUGGAAGCGACCAUCUCGAAGGACCCUCUUAACUGGGCAACAGCCAAGAGCGCCAUCUUCAACGUCGUCACCCUCACCAUUGCUGUCGGCGCCUUUUUCUCUAUCGAGGCCAUUUACAGUUUCGCCAUGUUCUUCCCGACCAUCAUCGCUGCUAUGGGGUACAGAAGUCUCCAAGCGUCCUUGAUGACGGCCCCGCCCAAUUUGCUCGCCCUCAUCUUCACAGUUGGCAUCUGCUUUUGGAGUCAAAGGUCCGGGAAAACGGCCCUCCCCCUGAAUAUAUGCAGCAUCAUCGGGGUUUUUGGGUACAUGAUGCUCAUUAUUGGAGCAAAAGUUGGCCCGCCGCCGCUCGGUAUGAACGCCAAGGUCCAGUACGCUGGCUCAUUCCUCGUUGCGAUGGCAGUCAAUGGAACACCGCCUCUGGCCCUUACUUGGCUAAGCAUCAACGCAUCGCCACACUACGUGCGAGCCGUUGCUUUGGGAUUUGUGUUAUCAAUUGGGAACACUGCUGCAUUCCUGGCAUCAUUCACUUACAUCAAGACAGAGGCGCCUCAAUACAUCAAAGGGCAUUCGAUCAACUUUGGAUGCCUCUUUAGUCUCCUUAUUAUCGGUGUCACACUUCCGUUGUACAUGAAUUGGGAGAACAUGAAGCGUGAGCGGGGCGAGCGAGAUUACAGGCUAGAUGAGAGCCGGCAGAAUGGCUUGUCCAAGGAGGAAUAUGAGUUUAGACUUGGAUGGAUGCAUCCGGGUUUCCGUUUCAAGACAGACAGACAGACAGGAACGAUGACGGGCCACGGUCUCCUUUUCUUCAUCCCGGGCAAUCCAGGCCUUGUCGACUACUACACCGACUUCUUCGACUCGGUCAAGGCCCGCAUCGGAUGGGCGGAUGGCCACAUCCACGUUCACGGCCGCGAUCUGUUUGGGUUCCGCGACGACAGCCAUGAGCCCUUUAGCAAUGAGCACCCGCCGUACGACCUGGAGCACCAGGUCGAGGCUGUUUACAACCAUCUGGCGUCGCUGCGGCGAACAGACUCGACGCGGAAUGCGCCGGGAAAGAAGGGCGAGCCGUAUGACUUCAUCAUCUUAGCGGGGCACUCUGUGGGAAGCUACAUCGCGCUUGAGAUUUUUCACAGACACCUGAAGGACCCCUCACGUGCACCGCACCUAAAGCUUCACGCGGGUAUCUUGCUGUUCCCGACGGUUACGCACAUAGCCCAGUCUCCCGCUGGGAAGAGGCUGGACCUCAUCCGCACGACACCAAUGCUCAACAACACCGCACAUGUCAUCGCGCAACGAUUUUUGGACCUGUGGCCCGCGGCUGCAUUGCGGUGGUUUGUAAGCAACGUCCUGGGGAUGGGUACCAAAGCCGCCGAAGUCACGACGGGGUUCCUGAAGAGCCGCGACAGUGUGUGGCAGGCUCUGCAUAUGGGCAAGGAUGAGAUGAAGGUCAUCACUGAGGAGAAGUGGGACAAGGAACUUUGGGAAAUCGAAGAGGACGACCUUGGCAGCGGCAGUGGGAAGAGAACCACGCCUAGGUUCUUCUUUUACUUCGGAAAGAAAGACCACUGGGUCGCAGACCACUUCAGAGAUCACUUCAUCCGGGCCCGCGAGAAGCACAUCGAAAAUGGCUGGGCACGAGUAGAGAUUGAUGAGAAGAGCCUCCCUCAUGCCUUUUGCACCACAGAAAAGAACAGCGAGCUGGUUGCUGAAAAGGUUGCACAGUACUUGAAGGAGCUUUGGGAUGGGCUUUCACCAUCAGAGUCGUCGUAA